CCAGAGGCUGUUAUCGUGUUUGACUCAGAGGAUUUCGUGUGACGUCAUUGAAGUAUUAAAUACUGAUUGUACACGGUGGACAAUUUAGUGUGUUGUGUUGUGUGGUGAGGAUCGUGACGUCGCAUAUAAAAUGAAGCCACUACUUCAAACAGUGGUGGUGAUAUGCCUCCUGAUAGGCGCCCAAGCACACCCAGAAAACAUUGAGGAUGUUAAAGAAUUACCCCAAACCAAAGAACCCGUAGUUGAGGCUGAAGAAUCUGAACCAGUGAUCAGAGAAGAGCGCUGCUCGACUUGUGGCCCUCUUAAAAUAAAAUCACCCAAAGAAGUCUUAGCAGCGCUUCAAGCGCUCCCAGGGUCUGAAGUUCACACGCAACAGUCCUUCGAGGGCUGCUCAAGCGACAAGGGCUGCGCUGGUAUCAAAGUAAAGGACGGCCAGGUCAUCCAAAGAUACGGAAACACAGAUGCCUUUAAAGCAGCCGAAGCAGCUGAUAUUAACAACGAGUUUAACUUCUUAGCAGCUGGAGCCCUCAGCAACCCAUUCUGGUGGAUGAACGAAAACUCGCCUUUCAAAACCGGCGGCAGUUACGAGAAAUUCAGUAAAGCCAGCUCAAGUUAUACGACUGGCGGAGCUGCUGGCAAUGCGGGUCUCGAUGGCCCUUUGAAUCUUGCUGGCAACCCAUUCCUAAAUGGUGAUUUCGCGAAUGCAGCGUUCGCUGGACAAGGUGUAGCGAAGCCUGGAUCUUCUUUCCAAUCAUCUUCAUUCGAGUCAUCUUACAGUUCGAAAGGAGACCUUGAUUUGUCAAAGAAUCCGUUCUUUAACGGUGGCUUUAAGGCCCAGGGUGGUUUGGGACAAAAUGCGUUCGCUCAAGGCGCAGGGUCGAACUUUGGAGGAGCCAACUUUGCUUCUCAGGGUGGUUUAGCCAGCUUUGGUGCGCAGGGAGCUAGCGGGUUCGGUGCCCAGGGUGCUUCUAACGGUUUCGCUGGUCAGAGUGGCAGCAGUUACGGUUCCCAAAGUGGAAGCAGUUACGGUUCCCAAAGUGGAUCAAGCAGUUUCGGAUCCCAAAGUGGAUUAAGCAAUUUCGGAUCCCAAAGUGGCUCUAGCUACGGAGCCCAAGGAUCCUUUGGGCUUAACGGAGCCGGAUACACUGCCUCCUCUCCCCGUCCAUUCGCGGGAACGACUGGCGUCAAUGUUAUACAGAACACACAGAAGGCUUCCGAAUUCGACUUUGACCAACAGCAACAAACUCAACAGAAUAUCGAUGAGCUGUUCCAAGGCAGUGGGAAUGUGCAGGAGACAGGCGACUUCCAGCAGACCUGCGCUGGCCAAGGGUACAUCUGUGUGCCAAAGGCCCAGUGCAAUAAUGGAGUUGUUAACAGCAAUGGUGCUAAUCUACUGCAGGCGAGAACUAAGAAGCAAUACUGCAAUCUCCGCACAGAAAUCUGCUGCAGGCUCGAAGUCGCAUCGAUCAACCAAGGAAAUCUUGGUUCAUCAUUUGGCCAAGGCAGCAUCUUCGGCCAAUCAUCCAACGCAUUUGGUUCCACAGCAUCUGUAGACAGAGUGGCAUCCGCUUUCGUGCCAGUCACGCCAGUAACGCCCAUCAUCCCUGAUGUAACCAGCCAGAACAACUUCAUCGAAACCGACUCAUUCUCAGCUGGCAGCGAAAACAAUGGAAUCUAUCGCCCCGGAUCAAUUGGCAGCGGUCUGAAGCCCGGUAUCCCGUAUCUGCCUCCUGUAGAUAACAUUAACAGUGGAACGAACCUCGUCAGCACCACAGCGUUUACUCCAGCCAUAGUGUCCACUCCUCGUCCAAUCAUUCCAACAGUUAAACCGUACAUCCCUCCAGUUGUUACAUCUACAUCAGCACCUGGUUACUUGCCACCGAUUGGUGAACAGACUAUCAACAGGGAGACCAUCGUACCGAACCCAGUUUAUAAUGAAGGUUCCAUUAUUCUUGAUGAGACAAGAAAUCCCAGGCCUAAACCUACUCCAGCUGUUCCUUUUGUGCCUAAUGAGAUCCCCGCUGGCUGCGCAGCCGCUCUCAAAUGUACACCAGUUGAGUUCUGUACCGCUGAAGGAGUUAUUUCCAACACAUCUGUCAUUUUGACGAGAGACCAAGAUGCGUACCGAGUGCCAUUGACCGACUGCAGAGAUCUUGAGACCGGUCGCAUCGGUAAAUGCUGCAGAGACCCCUACUACACGGACCCUUGGCCCACAAACCAGCUUGGUAAAUGGGUUCCCGGGGUGUUUGGCGGUAAUGACGGGAAAUACGUUCCGGACAGUAGAGGCAGCUCCAACAACAUCAGACCCGUAACGCCACCCACAACUGGAUCGGUCAUUUUGGGUAACUUCAUGACUACACCAAAACCAACAGUUCCAUCAUUCGGAUCAUCUCCAGUGUCAAGAUUCCCAACAACUGUUACUCCGUUUGUUCCAAAGAUAUCUGGACAGGGACAGUUCACCAAGGGCGGUCAAGGUCAAUUUACUAAAGGCGGACAAGGUCAGUAUGGCCUCGGAGGCCGUGGACAAGUGGGACAAGUUGGAAUCGGUCAAAUAGGAACUGGUGGACGAGGACAAUUCUCUCAAGUCGGAAGGGGUCAAGUUGGGAUCGGUGGCCAGGGACAAUUCGCCCAAGGCGGUAGAGGUCAAAUCGGUGUCGGAUCCCAAGGGCAAUACGGAAGGGGACAAGUCGGUGUAGUUGGACAGGGUGAAGCCACGCAAGUAGGAGUAGGCCAAAUUGGUGUAGUCGGUCAAGGACAGUACGGUCAAGUAGGAAGAGGACAAGCAGGAGUUGUUGGACAGGGGGUUAACACUCAGUUCGGCGCCGGACAGAUAGGUGUCGGUGGACAGGGGCAAUACUCUCAAGUAGGAAGGGGACAAGUCGGUAUCGCCGGACAGGGUCAAGCAACACAGCUGGGUGUAGGCCAAGUAGGACUCGGUGGCCAGGGACAAUACUCACAAGUAGGAAGAGGCCAGGUUGGCAUUGCUGGACAAGGUCAAACUAACCAAUUCGGCAUUGGCCAAGUAGGACAAGUAGGCGUCGGUGGCCAAGGACAGUACUCGCAAGUAGGAAGAGGACAAGUUGGUAUCGCUGGACAAGGUCAAACUAACCAAUACGGCGUCGGCCAAGUAGGUGUCGGUGGCCAAGGACAGUACUCGCAAGUCGGCAGAGGACAAGUGGGUGUAGUGGGACAGGGAGCCGGUCAAAUCGGUGGACAAGGACAGUACGCUCAAGUUGGACGUGGUCAAAUUGGUGUAGCUGGGCAAGGCGUAGCUACUCAGCUAGGGAACGGUCAAAUUGGUGUAGUUGAUCAGGGAGAAUAUACGCAACUAGGAAACGGUCAAAUCGCUGUCAAUGGUCGAGGACAAUAUGCGCAAGUUGGCAGGGGACAAAUCGCUGUUGGCGGUGCAGGUCAACUUGGUUCUGGUUCGCAAGUGAACAACGCAUUUGCAAAGGGACAGUUCGGACAGGGUGGUAUAGCUACUCAAGGACAGGGAGAGCUCGUGAGUCAAGGCCAGGGCCAACUGGUCUCGCAAGGACAGGGCCAGCUGGUCUCGCAGGGCCAAGGUCAGCUCGUUAGCCAGGGCCAAGGCCAACUGGUUAACCAGGGAACAGGUCAAUAUGUAAGCCAAGGAAAAGGACAAUACAGCUUUGGAAGCAGUGGACAGUACGAACUAGGAGGACAGGGACAACAACAAGGUUUUGGAAUUAUAAGCCAAGCGCAAGGCCUCUCCAAAGCUUCAGGGCAGCUCGUGUCACAAGCUCAAGGCCAGUCGGUCUCGCAGGGCAAGGGACAGAUCGUUUCGCAAGGGAAGGGACAAAUCGUCUCGCAAGGGAAGGGCCAAAUUGUAACCCAGGGCCAGGGUACCCUUGUGACGCAAGGUGGUGGAUCUUACAUCGAACAAGGCGAAGGCCAGACUGUAUCCCAAGGUUUCGGCACUGGAAUCAGACAGGGCCAGGGCUUCUCCGUCUCCCAAGGAUCCGGAUUUGGUGUUGAGAACGAGUACCAAGAGUCAGUACAACGGGUGUUCCUUCAAAGAUACAAUGGCGCUGGACAGUGCGGUAUAUUGAAUCCUCAAAAGCCUUACGGCAACAAGAACGACCUGGAAGUAGACUUCGCGGAGAUCCCCUGGCAAGCCAUGGUGCUUCUGCAGACCAACAGAAGCCUUCUGUGCGGUGGUGUGAUCACUAGACCAGAUGUGGUUGUCACUUCGGCUGCCUGCGUUGAGGGACUCGACGCCAAGAACGUGCUGAUCAAGGGCGGCGAAUGGAAACUUGGAAUCGACGACGAACCUCUACCCUUCCAGAUUGUUCAAGUCAAGACAAUAUUGCGCCAUCCGUUCUAUCGCCGCGGCAGUCUCCUAUACGACGCUGCCAUCCUGGUACUUAGCGAGAACCUGAGGCUGGCGAAGAACAUCAACCCCAUAUGCUUGCCUAGUACACAAGACACAUUGGACGCCUUUUAUAAUGGCGCUGGCGAAUGCAUCGUCACUGGUUGGGGCAAGAUUGUACUGCAAGCUCAUCUUGAAGGCGCCAUCAUGCACAGUAUGAACGUGUCCCUAAUCAACCCUGGGGAGUGCCAGGCUAAGCUGUCCUCCGACUACCCUCACCUUCUGGAACAGUACAGUGAGGAUAGCUGCGUAUGCGGUCAGCCCACCAACCCUCUGAAUAAUAUUUGCAAGGUGGAUAUUGGAAGCGCUCUGGCCUGCACAAGCGGUGAUGGCAGAUACGUGAUGCGCGGCGUCUACUCUUGGGACUCUGGUUGUCAAGUCGGCAAUCAAAUAGCUUCGUUCUACAAAUUCGACUUGGAGUGGUACGAAUGGGCCAUCGGACUCAUAGAGAGCGUGCGCUUCUCACAAUUCACCAAAGUGACAACUGGUAAAUACACUGGACAGAUCAACGGUGGCAUCAAAGGCAGCCAGUUCGGAGGUGGAGUUAAAACCAACCAAUUUGGCGGUGCAGUCAAGACCUCCCAAUUCGGUAAAGCCCAGUUUGGAAGCGGCGGGUCAACACAGUUCGGCGGUGUUACUGGUUCGUUGAACAAGGGAUCUGCUAUCUCAACUGGCUCCCAGGGCGUCGGUUUCACGGGUGUUAAGGCUUUUGCGGUUUCUGGAAAGGGACAGUUCGGCUUCGAGCAAGGCUCCGGCUUGGCUGGACAGAACGAAGGUCUAGCUAACGGCCAAUUCGGUACGGGACAACUCAGUCAAUUCGCUUCUGGAAAAUUCGGUACUGGACAGGUGGGUUUCGAAUCGGCCGACUUCAACGGCCAAAUCAAAUCGCCGAUCACCAGCAACGCGUACAGCGCGACGUACUCCGAGAAGAAAGUGUUCCAAACCGAACCAAAGAUCAUUUCGUUCACAACGAAACCUGAAAUAGUGACGUUCACAACGAAACCUGAGAUAUUCACAUACACCACGAAACCCAAAAUUAUAACCUACACCACCAAACCGAAGAUAAUAACUUACACAACGAAACCAAAAAUCAUCACCUAUACCACCAAACCACAGAUUAUCACCUACGAGACUUCUGGAAGCGGAACGAAUCCGCAGUACGUAGCACCGGGUGUCACAUUCAACCCCAGUUUCUCGGAACUAGUGGGCGCCCACUCCCACACUUCUACAUGCAAGUGUCUGGAGAACAAAUAAACACGCCCCGACAAACCCGUGCCAUAUCUUUCGACAUUCUAAACAUUUUCGACCCACACAAAAUAACUCCCGGUUCCUAAUGAGUUACCGAAAUUUCAAUAUCAAAAUCGAAUCGAAACACGACAUUUCUUUAUUUAUAUUCGAUGUAAAUAUGUAGGUUAUAUUUAAUAUGGUUAGAUCGUAUAUAUGUAACGGCUUAGAGUUAAAAAACUGCCAUUUUGUUAUUUUAUAAGCGCAACGUAUUUAAGAGAAGUAUUUUUGACGUCUUUUUUUAAUUAGAUUUUUGACCAUUUCGCAUCAAUUCGCCGAAGUGGUCGACUCUCUAAUACGAUUGGUAUAAGUGAAAUAAGUGUAUUUUUAUAUAAAAUUUUGCAUAAAAAUGAUGAAGUAUUUAGUCAAUAUGUGUUAUAUGUAUUGAUGUUAUUUCUAAUUGUAUGAUUAGGAUUAAUUAAUAAAUGGAAGUAAUUUACAUA